AUGAGUGUCGGCUCCCAUCAGUUAUACCAUCGAAUUGGGAUAAUUUCCAUGGUAUUGUCCAUUCUGUCCAUUGCCUUAUUGACCAUUUCUAUUCCACUCAUCUAUGUGAGGACUGAUCAUCAACGUCAAGGGCUCAGCGAGCAUGCUGCUCGAUUCAGGCAAUCGUCGGACGCAAUAUGGAGCGAGAUGUUUGAAAUCCGUGAAGCCUUCAGUCCACAAAUACGAUUAUUCUCACGGCGACCUCGAAAGGCAUGGCUCGACAGCGGUCUUUGUAAAGGAUGCUUCACAUUGGCGUGCGCUAUGGGGCCACCUGGGCCGCCAGGACCACCUGGACCAGAUGGCUCCCCGGGCGAACCUGGCGCGCAAGGUCUUGCAGGACAGGAUGGCUUUGACGUACAGCUUGAGUCGGAGCCUGACCUACCGUGUGUUGUUUGCCCAGCUGGUCCUCCAGGAUUAAGAGGACCGCAAGGAGAACGAGGAAUGGCUGGCCAUCCAGGUAAUCCAGGGCAGCCUGGACCAGACGGCAGCAGCGGAGUGGAUGGCCCGCCAGGUGUACCGGGACAUGCGGGACCGAAUGGAGAAAAUGGGCCGAUGGGACCAAAAGGUCCUGAAGGAGAUCAAGCGAUAGCUGGGGUUGGCAUCAAGGGACCAAUUGGUCCACCUGGUCCACAGGGAAUGAAAGGGAGGCCAGGACCUCACGGGAAAUCAUCAAACAAUCCUGGAGAACCAGGCGCCCCAGGACCUGCCGGUCCCGCUGGACCGGUGGGAAAACAGGGACCUAUUGGAAUGGAAGGACCGUUUGGUCCUCCUGGUGAUCCAGGAAUGCCGGCUUCAUAUUGCCCAUCGGACUGCGGAGUUCAAAAUAUACUGGCUGAUGUGGUAUCGUCAGCUGCUGUAGCUAAAAAAAUGAGUGAGUAUGUACCACCACCUGGUGAACCAGCUACAGAUGAAGUUGCUACUUCUCCUCCUAAAGUACAGUACGCUCCCAUAAAAGACGAUGGAUAUGGUAGUCGCCGAUUCCACGACUUCACAACAUACGAACGGAAAAUGAGGAAGAAUAUGAUCAAAAAGCUGAUGAGGAUGAAAACGAGACGACUUUAA